AUUAGUUAUGUCAUUAUCAGGGUUGGAACACAUAUAACAGUAAAGUAUAUAACACGUAUUAUAUGUAUGUAUAAACAUAUUUUACGAAUAACUUUUAUAAUGCAAACAUUUAUUUUUUAUUUGUGGCAGCAACUGAACAGAAAUUACAAGGUAAAAUAAUUUUCAAUUGAAUCUAAUCAUCGGUUUAUAUUUAUUUAUUUCAGCAUAAUCAUAUAAUAUUAAAAUUAUAUUGAUAAGCUGAUGCGUAUACCAACAUACCAAUUGAGCUGUGCUCUUAACUGGUACACGGAAUUCAUAUACAGUUAAAUUCGCGUAUAAAGAUGCCGUAUAUAACGAUAUCGGUUAUAACGAUAAUCCGGAUAUAGCGAUGUUAUUUUAAAACGAAAAUUGGUUUUUAUAAUCACCCAUAGCGAUUAAUAGUAUGCAUGUACAUUGUACAUUGUGUAGUAAAUUUGAUUUCGUCCAAAUCGAUAAUUCUUAAUCUUAUCUGUAACAGAUAAUGUGUCUUGUACGACCGUAUUGUAUACAGAAUACCUACGUUUCUUAGUCGUUUAGUUGCCGUUUUGACAAAAAUAUGUUUAAUAAAUCAAUUUUUCAAAAAAAUCAUGUUACUUUUUAUGAUCCGGAUAUAACGAAGUUCGAUUAUAACGAUCAGAUUCCCUAGGUCCCUAGAAGAUCGUUAUAAGCGAAUUUGACUGUAGUUUAGUCAUUUGUUCAACUUAAAAUUUAAUUAUACAAUUAAAAUGUAACUUAGUUCAUUAAAUAUAAUAUAUAUUACUAGAUAAUAUUAUUAAUCCAAAAUUACGACAAUGAUUCCUAGAAUAUUUAUACUUACGCAUAUUUACUUUUUGUAAUCUUACUAACACACACAUUAGUUAUAACACCUAUCCACCCGAAAAAUAACCGUGAGAGAAUUGCAUCAAAAAAAUGCUCUUCAGCACUCCACAGAUUGGUUUUAUGGCAACCUUCAAGUUUUUUUUGCAUGUUUACCUGCCUUGUUCUGUAUCGAAUACCUUUAUGCUAAUCUGUGAUAAUAGCGUUUCAAUUAUAAUAAUUGAUAAUGUAUUAUGCAUCUUUGAGCCAUGAUUAUAAAAAAAACCCCCCACAAAUAAAUAGUGUACCUUAUAUAAGAGAUAAAUACAAUUUUUAUUACGUUGGUGUGCCGUGAGUUACCAAUAUAAAAUACCAAUUAUGUCAGAGUUUCACCACUCCCACUAAAUAACCUUGACUACUGCUACUUCUACCAUCGUAAGAAUCGUAGACCUAGCUGUGUUUAGAGUAUUGUGCAUAUAGUACAGUUAGUACAAUAACCACUCGAGUAGCUCGAGUAAUAACUAGUAAUUAAUGACAUUCCGUUUGGUGUCUACGAGUAAGUUACAUGUGUUUUUGUGGUUAAUUUUUUCUGCUUUUAAGUUUAUUCUUUGUUUCUGAGAUCAUUAUAUUUGUGUUUAGUAUUCAAUUACUUUCACUGAACGUACAUUUAUUGACGGUUUAAAAUUGUUGGCGUUUUAAACCAGAAUCGAAAGUAUGUUUAUAAAUUGCUUUUUUUUUAAUAAUAAAUAAAUUUACUAGAUAUAAAAAUUAAAACCACUUGCGGAUAAUACCUAUGUACCUACCUUAAUAUACUAACAAUAUUUUAGAUGAUAAAUUUGGAUAGUUGUAGUUUAGAAAACCAGAGUUUUUUUUUAUGUUCUUAUGUAGGUACAAUAAACAGGACCUAGACUAGGAGGAGGAAUGACUCUGUUCUUAUGACUUAACAAUUACUGUGUAUUCAUAUUGGCUUUGGACGGGGUGCCUCUGUUGUAGGUAGAUAGUUGGCAAGAUAAGAUACAUGGAGUUAUUGCAGCUAAGUGCACUUUUGACAAAUUUUCCGAAAAGAAAAAAAAUGCACUGUACACCAGACUUAAUAUAUAAAAGAAACAAGUUUUUAUUACUCUCAGACUAGUGUAGCCUUUUUUUUUUUUUUUUUUUAGUUAUUAUUUAGUUUGAUAUAUUUUCAGCUGGACAAUAUCAUUAGAAAUCAUUUAAAACUUAUCUGCAUUAAAACAUUGCAUUAAUUUCAUUGAUCCAUUUCACAAUAAAUGUAUAGUACUAUAAUCUAACAGUAGUUUUUGGUCAAGUUUUCCAGAUUAAAUUGUUCUUUAGUAGUUAUAUUACAGCAGCACACUCAAUUGUUUUUUUAUUCAACUACAUUGUCAAUAAUAUAAUAGUCAAAUGUAUCAUAUUUUUGUUAAUAAUAAUUUAAGAUUCUGAGAGGAGAAAAGAAGCAUAUGGUUUUUCACAUAGAUGUUUAUUUAAUAAUUUUUUUUUGUCAUGUGAACACUUUUUCUACUAGAAAAUUUUCUCCAAUGUAGACGCUUUUCUGAAAGGAAAUUUUCUUGGGUUGGUUCUUUGGGAAGUAAUUUUUCGAUUUUCCAAAGAGUUUUCCCAGCAAAUGGGAAAACUCGGAAAAUUUUCCAAUAUUAAAGAAAAUAUAUAAUACUUAUUUAAUUAUUGUACAAUAAUAUGACAUAUAUAUAUAUAUAUAUUGUUGACAAACUAUCACUAUUAACUGAAUUCAGGAUGGUUUUUUUUCGUUAACAAUGGUUAAUCAUUGAAUACAGAUAUACAUUAAACUCCUUUUAUAUCCUAACCUGCCUUUCCAAUUUCCCACCUGCAAAAAUGGCUGCACUCGUCCUUAUUAUCCUAGGACGGCUUUUUUAAAGUACUCUGCUUUAUUAAUUGUACUUAAGUUUAUUUUGUUAUAUUUUAGCUAAACGUUGAAUUUAAUUGAAAAAAAAUAUUUUACUUAACUUAAUUGAAUUGAAAAAUAUUAAAUAAUUGCCCAGCCUUGCAUCUAGGUAUACAUUUUAUGAAAGUUAUAAUUUAAAAAUCUUCUUAAUGGCUUUUUUUUGCAGUACUUUCAUCAUAAGAUAGUGGAAUUUGAUUGUUUUUUCUUUUUAGAUGCAUUCAAAAAUUAUAAAUGAUGAAGAUUUAAUAAACGAUUCUGAAAUAAUAAUAAAUGAAGAAACUGAAGAAGUCCACAACACUGAUAAUGAAGAAGAUCAAAGGUCACUUGUAGGUUUUUCCACUACUAAUGGCACACCCAACACUGAUAUGGUAGCUGAAAGCAUCAUUGAUAUUUCAACUAACGAAUCUGGACAAGAAAUGUGUUUGGUAAAAUGGAGAGGUAUUGAUGAACCCGAACUCAUCCCGGCUUCAGAGGCUCAUGUACGUUGUACUCGAGCAGUUCUUCAAUUCUACGAAAGCCGAAUUGUUUUUCCUACCGUCUCUUCUUCAUUCUUUAAUUUAAGAAUAAGAAUAAAUACAUUAUAAUUUUGUAAUUUUUGACUGAUGCAAAAUAAUUCAUUUUUUUUUUUUUGGAUCAAAUAAAUAUUUUGCCUCAUGAUAA